UGCAGUCUCUGCUCAGCUGUUUACAAUCUUCGUUUUUGUUGGAAAUUUUGAACGAGUGGAAAUAGUGCCCUUGUCCUGAAAUCUUUUAUUUUUUAUAAUUAUUUUUCCAUUAUAGACGAUAACGGAGAAAUAAUAAUUAUGGAGGAGACUACUCCAGAUAGUGACAAUAUACUAAACUGUGAAAGUGAAGACGAAAGAAGUGUUAUAACCCAUCAAAGAUGUUGCCAUAAUUCCACAAAGUCUUUGUUAACAGAAGACCGCAUGAGACGUAAAUUACAGUUUUUCUUUAUGAACCCAAUUGAAAAAUUUCAAGCAAAGAAAAGGUUUCCAUAUAAGUUUGUCGUACAAGUAAUUAAGAUUAUUCUUGUGACAAUGCAAUUGUGCUUGUUUGCAUCGAGUAGGUAUAAUCAUGUGAACUACACUUGGGAUAACAGGAUAACGUUUUCACACUUGUUUCUGAUGGGGUGGGAUGCUACAAGAGAGGUAAACGCUUAUCCACCUGGUAUUGGUCCUUUGGCUCUGUAUAAAGAAGAUGACUUUUUUAAUGCUAUAGAUUAUGCUUAUGAUGGUUAUGCCAACUUAAGUAAUGCUUUGGGAUCUUAUUCCUAUGCUAAUGAAGACAAUACAAUGACUGACAUGACCUUAUGUUUGUACCACUACAAGAAAGGAGUAAUUUUUGGAUUUAACGAGAGUUAUGUGUUUGAUGGAGAAAUAGUUCAGAAGUGUUUGAAUAUAUCUUAUGAUCAUACAGUGCAUGGUGUGCUAAAAUCUAAGAAAUACAUGGUGGAGAAUAAUUUAAAUGUGAACUUUUCGGCGUUUGUGAGAGCUGAGCUAGGGUUCUCUGUGAAAACAGUAAACUUUAAGGCAGCUGGUCGGAUUUCACCACCAAAUUGUUAUCGGUUUGAUGUGACAAUUUAUUUUAAUAAUGAAGAUCAUGAUGGACAAAUGUUAUUGUCUCUGGAUGCAGAGCCAUCACGAUUAAUGUGCAAAGGAGAUGUUACAUAUGUGACUGACAAUGAAAUUGACUCAUUUUUGAGAAGUUUGCUUAAUUAUUUGGUGAUUACUAUUUGCGUUUUGUCAUUAAUUUUGUGUAGUAGAGCCGUGUGGAGAGCCCAGCAAUUAAAAAAUAUCACCAACACAUUCUUUGAGUCCCAUUUUAGCAAACCCUUGACUUAUGAUGAUAGGAUGAAGUUCUUGAAUCUGUGGUACAUCAUGAUAAUUAUAAAUGAUAUUCUUAUUAUUAUUGGGUCUUCAAUUAAGGAGCAAAUAGAGAAAAAAGAUUUCACAAGUGACCAGUGGAAUGUCUGCAGUUUAUUCCUGGGAACGGGUAACAUGCUUGUGUGGUUUGGUGUACUCAGAUACCUGGGCUUUUUUAAGACAUACAAUGUUGUUAUUUUGACGCUACAAAAGGCUGCACCGCAAGUGGCCAGGUUUCUACUAUGCGCUCUUUUAAUUUACGCCGGGUUCACCUUUUGCGGAUGGUUGAUUUUGGGACCAUACCAUCUUAAGUUCAGAUCUCUUUCCACCACUUCAGAAUGUUUGUUCUCCUUAAUUAAUGGGGAUGAUAUGUUUGCUACGUUUUCCAUGAUGUCUAACAAAUCUUACAUGCUCUGGUGGUUCAGCAAAAUUUAUCUCUACACGUUUAUAAGCCUGUACAUUUACAUAAUAUUAAGUUUGUUUAUUUCUGUUAUCAUGGACGCUUAUGACACAAUUAAAUCCUAUUACAAUGAUGGAUUUCCUAAAAGCAACCUGCAAUUGUUUAUGGGGGACACUAAUGUGGAUGAGGUAUCCAGUGGAAUAUUCAGAACAAACUCGAAUGAUAGCUUGGGGGGUUUAAUAAAAGAUUUGUGUUGUUGCAAAAAGUUGCAAAAAUCUUAUUCAACUUUAUCACAAUCCAGUGUGGGACCAAUUUAAUAAAUUGUUUAGGGAAAUAACUGUAGUACAUUGACUUUAGUUUUGUUUUUUUAAAAAAAGGUACCUACCUGUAUUUUUAUUUAAUGUUAAUUUUUGUUAGAAUUUUGUUUUAUUAUUGGCCAAUCAUUUUACAAAAAAUGUAUAAAUAAUAUUUUUAGUUUAUUGUCCCCAGUAACUAACAUAUCAAUAUAUAAUUAAGUUAAACAUUGUUUUUUAUGUGAUAAUUUUGUUAAUUAUAAAUAUUUUGUUGUUUGUUCAUUUUUGAUUCACUUAUUUAAUUAACAUUUGACUGAAAUUUAAUCCCAAAGCUUUUAGAGAAUAAAAAUUAAGUUAAAAUUAAUUAAAUGUUUUUUAAAUUUAUAUAAUCUUCAAUAUCCAAUAUUUAUAUGCAGCCUUAGUAUUUUUACCACAUGUUAAGAUAUCAUAUGUAUUAUCUCAGGAAUGUUUUUCUUUUUUAAAUCAGUGCUAACAUAGGUACCUAACUAAUUUGUG